AUGCAAGAGCCACCACGCAGCCUUAGAGGCUGCGCAUGGCCUUACCUGCGCACAGGAACGCCAUCCGCAUCAGCUAUAUUUCAUAGGUUUCUUACUGCUUCCGUCAAUGCCGAUAGUAUAAAGAGUUUCCAAGUCAAAAUAGACCGUUUGUAUGAUGACCUUAUCUUGUGGGGCGUAACUGACAUGGAGAAAAGACUCACAAAGAUUGCUUCACAGUCACAAGAACUCUAUGCAUACCAACCAGCAGACAUAUUUGUCACCUGGAAUAUCCAACGCCAACAAUACUCUGUGAGCCCUCUUCCAUCGCUAGAGGCAAGAAAGCUUUUGUUGAAGAAUGUUCCAGAGUACAAUGAUGAAAGGAACAUAGAUUGUCUGCUCAAGCUUUGUGGUGGCAUUCCGCUUUUGCUGGAAAUAAUUGGCUCGCAAUUGGCCUCCAGUAGCAGAAACACAAAUAAUAAUAUGGUAUUAGAGUUGCUUAGAGAAGGGGAGGUGGUGGAAGAGGAAGAUAUAAUUGACAGAAUGGUUGAUUUUGUAUACCUUAGAUUGUUACCUCCUGUUAAAGAAGCUUUUCUGGAUAUCACAUCCCUGUUUUGUUAUUGGCCAAGUGAAGAAGUAGCAUACAUAGUUGGGGAGGAGGAAUUCAGAGCUCUUGAAGAUGCAACAUUUGUCAAGACAUCAGAAGAUGGUCGUGUGAUUGUUCAUGACAUUGUUCAAGCAAGAGGGAAAAAAAUGUCAGAACAAAACAGAGUCACAGAUCCUGAGACUUUGUUGAAAUGUCUGCAAGAUGAAGAGAAACUCAAAAAUUUAAGAGGCAUCUUUCUUAAUGAAAAAUAUGAGCACCCUUCAAUCAAAAUUAAUGAUGAUCAUCUGAAGUGGAUGAGCGAUUCAUUGCGAGUGCUAUCUUAUGAAGGAUCACAGAUAACAUUCAGGGGGAAAUGUUAUAAACCAUUCAGACAACUGAGAUACCUCCAAAUUGCAAGUAACAUUCCUGAUUUACCAAUGGAAUUCGAGAAACUUGAACACCUCUCCAUAUACAGGGGGCCACUCAUGCCAGGCAUGAGUUUUAAUGAGUUUCCUCCCAGUCUGCGCGUAAUGACCUCACUAAACCUCACGAAGAUGUAUGCUUCUUCAAAGAACAGAGUUGCAUAUUCUAAAAUUCCUGCCACCAAAGCCACUCCAGAUUCUUUGCUUGUAAAAUUAAGGUUAUAUGGUUUGAAAAAUAUGGAGAGGCUACCAGAUGGAAUGGAAAAUCUAACAAAACUAGAGCAAUUAUAUUUAAGAGGUUGCCAUCAGUUGAGGGAAUUACCUUCCAGAUUUGGGCAACUGAACAAUCUAAAGGAGCUGCGUCUAAGUCAGUGCCAUGAAUUGAAAGAGCUGCCUUCAAGCAUUGGGCAACUGAGUAAUUUAGAGUCACUGCAUUUAUAUGACUGCUCUGCAUUAAGUGUAUUGCCUCCCAGUUUUGGGGAUCUCAUUUCCCUAAAAACUUUGCAAUUGAGUUAUUGUUCAGGUUUGAAAAUGCUGCCUUCUAAUUUUGGGCAACUCAAAAAUUUGGAAGAGUUGGAUUUGAGACAUUGUUCUGGGUUAGAAGAAUGGUCAUUGAGCUUCAGAGAUCUAAUAGGGAUGAAGAAGAUGGUUUUGGUGGGUUGUUCUUUGAAGCUGAAAGAAUCAUUACCCCAUCAUAUAAAAGAGAAUUGUUGUAUUGUAUUUGAUUAA